CCAAUCAUAGUACGAAAACACCCUCACUGAGGAGAGUGCGCGGGAAGGAGUUGAUUCUCUCUCUUUCGUUCAUUCUUCUUCUUCUUCUGCCGUCACCCAAUCCAUUUCCUCUGCAAAUUCCUCUUCCUCUUCACAACAAUGGGUAUCAAGGGUUUAACAAAGCUCUUAGCUGACAACGCCCCCAAAUGCAUGAAGGAGAACAAAUUCGAGAGCUACUUCGGCCGCAAAAUCGCCAUCGACGCCAGCAUGAGCAUUUACCAGUUCCUUAUUGUUGUAGGACGAAGCGGAGCUGAAACACUAACUAACGAAGCCGGCGAAGUUACUAGUCAUUUGCAAGGGAUGUUUACGCGGACGAUUAGACUUUUAGAAUCCGGGAUGAAGCCAGUAUAUGUUUUUGAUGGGAAGCCCCCGGAUAUGAAGAAACAAGAGCUUGCAAAACGUCUCUCGAAGAGAGCUGAGGCUACUGAGGAUUUGUCAGAAGCCUUAAAGGCUGACAAUAAGGAAGAUAUUGAAAAAUUCAGUAAACGGACAGUGAAGGUGACAAAGCAGCAUAAUGAAGACUGCAAAAAACUCUUAAGACUCAUGGGAGUGCCGGUCGUAGAGGCUCCCUCAGAAGCAGAGGCUCAAUGUGCUGCUCUUUGCAAAGCUGGAAUGGUUUAUGCUGUGGCUUCUGAAGACAUGGAUUCCUUGACGUUUGGAGCUCCUAAAUUUCUUCGCCAUCUAAUGGAUCCUAGCUCGAAAAAAGUUCCUGUGAUGGAAUUUGAAGUUGCGAAGAUUUUGGAGGAGUUAAAUCUGACCAUGGACCAAUUUAUUGAUUUGUGCAUUCUUUCUGGGUGUGAUUAUUGUGAUAACAUUCGAGGGAUUGGGGGCCAAACAGCUUUGAAGCUCAUCCGUCAACAUGGUUCUAUCGAAAAUAUUCUGGAGAACAUAAACAAAGAAAGGUACCAGAUACCAGAGGAUUGGCCAUAUCAGGAGGCUCGACGGCUUUUUAAGGAACCAAUGGUCACAACUGGAGACGACGAACUAAAUCUUAAGUGGUCAGCUCCAGAUGAAGAAGGAUUAAUAACAUUUCUGGUUAAUGAAAAUGGGUUCAACAGUGACAGGGUGACAAAGGCAAUAGAAAAAAUUAAAGCUGCAAAGAACAAGUCAUCACAAGGCCGUUUGGAGUCAUUCUUUAAGCCAGCUCCAAGUUCAUCUGUACCUAUCAAACGGAAGGAAAGCAAAUGCAUGCUUAGAUCUUUCAAACCAGCAAUUGAGCAUAAGAUGUUCUCUCUGCAACUUCCUAACUGGUCAAGGCCCAUGGUUUUUGGCAAGUUGAGCUUACAAUAUAAUCUGAGUUCCAAUGUAUCUGUGCCAUUGUGUAGAGGUGUCCAUAUUGGUGCCUGAAGCUGAAUACCCCUGGUGAACCUUCAAAGAAACACCUGACAAUAAUGCUAAAGAGACCAAUAAAAAAACUAAGGGCAGUGGUGGUAGGAAGAAGAAAUAGUUGAAUGUCGCUUAAAUUGGAGGAGUCGUUUACAUGUUGAUCAGCGUCAAGGAGGUUUUCUCUGGUUUUUUGCGUUAGUGUCAAGGAGGAUCGGAUCAGUUCGCAAUACUAAUGGGUAAGUCUGCCAAAUUGUAAGAUAUUUAUGUGAAGUAGAUUUGUAAUUUGACUAAUGUAAGCUUAGCAUACACAAUUUGAGAUGCGCUGCUUCGUCUGGGAUAUUUGAAUUAGUUUUUCUUUAAGGGCUGCAUUACUUUUUCUC